AUAUACAUAUACACUUCUCUCUCUCGCUCUCAUUGUCGUCGAUGUGAACGAGACCUACAGUACCGAACCAAAACUCACCAUUUAGGAGAGCGAAGAAAAGCGAGAGAAACUGAGUGAGAGUGUUUGUUUUUUUUUUUUUUUUUGAAACUAUGGACGAGAAUUCAGCUAUAAUCGAAGCGAUUCUCAGAGAACAAGAGGAAGAAGAUCAAGCCUUAAGGAACAAAAAAAAUCACACAACCACUACCACCGCCGUCGCCGCCACCAAGAAGAGUCAAAACGACGACGAAUUCGGAUGGAAAACGGUGUCGUAUCAGAAGCGGAAUAAGAAACCGACGAAGUCUUCGCCGGAGGAUACCAAUUCUGCUGAUCUUCUUUCCCGGCGACCUAACGGCUCUGCCUCCGGCGAUGUAUUCCGGUCCAUCGAGAAGCACUCCGAGGAGCGCCGGCGACGUUUGGCCGAGGCUCAGCUCGCCGCCGAUGCCGCAGUUGCCGUCGACGGAUCGAAGCGGUAUUCUGAUUACGAUGACGACGACAGCGACGGAGAGGUCUCCGGCGUCGCCGUGGCGGAAAAUGGUGAGGUGAAGCCUAAGAAGCCGAAAAAGCCGAAGAAGCCUAAGGUGACCGUGGCUGAAGCCGCGUCGAAGAUCGACGCCUCCGAUCUCAGUGCUUUUCUCAUUGAUAUCUCCGCUUCGUACGAAUCGCAACAAGAUAUACAGCUAAUGCGAUUAGCUGAUUACUUCGGGCGCGCAUUCUCAUCGGUGAGCGCGGCUCAAUUUCCGUGGUUGAAGACGUUCAAAGAGUCCACUGUUGCAAAGCUCGUUGAUAUUCCUCUUUCCCAUAUAUCCGAAGAUGUUUAUAAGACAUCUGUUGAUUGGAUCGGCAAGCAGCCUUCUGAGGCCCUUGGGUCCUUUGUGUUAUGGUCAUUGGAUAACAUUCUUGGUGAACUUAUUACUCAUCAUGCAGCUGCCAAGGGAUCCAAAAAGGCAGUUCAGCAAGCAUCAUCAAAGUCCCAGGUUGCCAUGUUUGUUGUUCUAGCAAUGGCACUGCGACGAAAACCAGAUGUGUUGAUCAGUCUAUUGCCUAUAAUUAAGGAAAGUCCAAAAUAUCAAGGACAGGAUAAGCUUCCAGUAACUGUUUGGGUUAUUGCUCAGGCAUCUCAAGGAGAUAUAGUUGUUGGGUUGUACAUGUGGGUUUACUUUCUCUUGCCUAUACUGUGUAGCAAGUCAGGCUGUAAUCCACUGUCCAGAGACUUGAUUUUACAAUUGGUGGAGAGAAUUUUAUAUUCCCCAAAAGCUCGGACCAUUCUAUUAAAUGGUGCUGUCAGAAAAGGGGAGCGUGUGGUACCACCAUUAUCUCUUGAGCUUUUGAUGAGAUUCACCUUCCCAGCAUCAUCAGCCCGGCUAAAGGCAACUGACAGGUUUGAAGCUGUUUAUCCAACUUUGAAAGAGGUUGCCCUUGCUGGUUCUCCAGGAAGCAAAGCAAUGAGGCAAGUUGUACAGCAGAUUUUGGAAAUUACACUCAAGGCUGCUGGAGAAGGCAUCCCUGAGCUAUCAAGGGAAGCAGGUGAUAUUUUUAUUUGGUGUUUGACCCAUAACCCUGAAUGUUACAAGCAAUGGGAUGUGCUUUAUUUGGAUAAUCUUGAAGCUAGUGUUGUUAUUCUGAGAAAGCUGUCUGAAGAAUGGAAGGAGCGGUCUGCAAAACAUCCUACCUGGGACACUUUGAGGGAAACUCUUCAGAGCUUUAAGCAGAAGAAUGAAAAAGUUUUGGCAAAGGGAGAUGCUGCUACUCACCAUGAAUUGUUGAAGGAUGCAGACAAGUACUGCAAGGUGAUUUUGAGGCAAUUGUCUCAGGGACAUGGAUGCAUGAAGAGCAUGGUCUUUGUGUCAGUUGUACUGGCUGUAGGUGCUGCUAUUAUGUCCCAAAGCUUGGAAUCUUGGGACUACAAGAAACUGUCAGAAAUGUUGAACUUCCCUUGAAAUGUUCCGAGUUCAUUCAUGCAGAGUUUAAAAGCACCAUUUACAGGCAGUACAUGGUGCGCACUAUUGCCAUGUAGGUUUAAUUAUGUCCGGCAUAGUUCAGUUCUGCAGGAUGGCCUGUAACAAAAUGGGCCCCAAGAAUGAGUAAUUUUAUUUCAAUAUCGUGACUAAAUUCUGUUGGGUUUUAGUGAAAUCAGAAUAGGAGCAGCAGCCACCCCCCCAACAUGCGUGGGUGGGCUGAUCAUUUACAGAGUGUUGAUGUGUCUGGUUUUCAGUUGUGGGACAGGUCAAUGACUUGUUUUCCUUUCAUAAUGACUAAUUUAUAGUGGCUUUCUUUUCUGUUAAUUUUGAACAUGCAAAGUGCCUAUACACAGAUGGAAAUUAAUGGUGAAAUCAAUAUAUGCUUGACAUGAGUUUCAAUUC